UUUGGGCCUUUAAUUUUAUAUUAUUAUUUCAUUUCUUUAUUGUGUUAAGAGUCUUUUCUUUUUCUCUCUCAUUUGUCUGAGUGUUUCGUACAGACACACUCUCUCUCUCUCUCUCUCUCAUUUCAAACCUAGGUUUUCUCUUUGUUGUGCCCUUGAAUUUCAUUUAAAUAGCUUUGAUUUAAUCCAAGAUUCAUUUCUGGGUGUCUUUAGUUCUUAGUUUUCUGUAGAAAGGUUGUGUUUUUUUUUUGUCAGUUGUGGAGAAAUUUUUGUGGGUCGAAAAGUGGGUGUUGUUCUGAUCUGACGUGAAAGGUAUAUCGAAAUCAUUGGCGACACGCAAAACCCUAAUUUGGCUUUUGGAUUUUUUAUGGAUGACUUUUGCUUAGAUAUGAUAUAAAUUUAGCUAGUCUUGAUUGUGUUAUAGCGAUUUUAUGUGAAUCUUGAAACUUUUGAUAUAGCUUUAUCUUUUUUACCUUUUCAAUUUAAGUGAAUUUGGUUAGAAAACCCUAAAUUAGCUUGAAAUUUAUUUGUUGCGUUAUAUGGUUUCAUUUUAAGGUUCAUUGAUAUUGUUCAGGCAUUUUUUUGAUUGUAACGCGUGAUGAUUGAAUGAUGGGUUGAUGAAAAGAAUUAAUUUUCUGUUCAUUGAGAAUUAGGUUUUCUAGACAUUUGUUCCAUUAAAGGCUUUCACUCUUAUUCACUAAAUGGAGUGUAUUAGUGUGUUUUAUAUUAAUCAUGUCAUUACUAUUGCAAUUAUAAUGUAUUUGAUUAUAUCAUGACAUGACUUUGAAUUUACAGGUGCACAUGUACAAACACAUGUAGAUCUGUAUAUAUCUUCGAUAUGCUUGAGUUUUGAUUCGAUCAAAUUAUAUUUAUUCCUGUAUACCAAUUAUUUUUAUCUAGCUUCGAUUUGUUCGAGUUGUGAUUUGAUGUAAAUAAUAUUUAUUCGUGUAUACCAUUUUUUUUAUCUUCAAAUUACUUAUAGUUUCUCCAACUUUCUGAUUGGAAUUUCAUUUCGUGGUGGUGAGUUGAUCAUCAUUUUAUGUAUUUUUUCUAGUUCUUCUCCUUUUUUACAUGGAGAAUAGCGCCACAUUGGUACGAACUGGAGUGAUAUCGAUAGGUCUUAAUCUUCCAAUGCCGGUGAAAGAGAAAGGAGACUGUCUGCAUUUUUGUCUACGUCAAUAUGUUGCUGAGAUGAAAAAGAAGGAUAUUCAAAUUUGUUCACCUUUUGGAUCAAGCAGUAAGUCCAAGGAGAAACUUCCUCCUGUAGACGUUCCCAAAUUUAAGUGCUGGCGGUGUUGCAUCCGUGAGGUUGGAGCAACCACUGCUGCGGCAUAUAUAUUGUCAAAGAUGAAAUAUGUGUCUGAAACCCGGAAUGACAAUAAUGUAGUUGGAAAUAUGACUGACAAAGUUGGUGAUGGAACUGGAUCUGAAGGUGUUAGAAUAGAGAAGAUUGGCAAUCCAGCUACCGAGGUGAUAGCAUCUAAGCAAUGUUCAGCUCGAGAAAUAGAACCUAAGAGCCCAGUUGCUAAUCCGUCGAACAGCAGUACAAAGAUUGCAGUUACUGAGCCAAUUCCCUCAAAUGAUGGAAAUGACAAAGUAGUUCCUCAUGACGGUGACAUUGAUCCAGAGAAAGAAAAAAAACUCUCAAAAUGGACAGAGAACUGCUUCAAACACUUCAGAUCAAACAGAAGUACUUGGUGGUAACAAAGAAAAGUUUCUUAAUAU